ACCUGGCGCGUGCGCACAGCUCCAUAUGGCUCCAAGAUGGCCGACACAGCGUCCGGUGGCUCCAGCACGAGGUCGGGCAGCAAGCAUGCCACCACGCCGGCCGAUAACUACUACCUGGCCCGGAGGAGGACGCUGCAGGUGGUGGUCAGCUCCUUGCUCACCGAAGCCGGCUUUGAGAGCGCUGAGAAGGCCGCGGUGGAGACGCUGACGGAGAUGUUACAAAGCUAUAUUUCUGAAAUUGGAAGGAGUGCGAAGUCCUACUGUGAACAUACAGCCAGGACGCAGCCUACGCUCUCUGAUAUAGUGGUUACUCUCGUGGAAAUGGGGUUCAAUGUUGAAACGCUUCCUGCGUAUGCCAAGCGCUCCCAGAGGAUGGUCAUCACGGCCCCUCCUGUGACAAACCAGCCUGUGACUCCCAAAGCCCUGACAGCUGGACAGAACAAGCCACAUCCAUCCCACAUUCCUGGCCAUUUUCCUGAGUUUCCAGAUCCUCACACUUACAUCAAGACACCAACAUACCGGGAGCCAGUAUCUGAUUAUCAAGUCCUGCGGGAAAAGGCAGCAUCUCAACGGCGCGAUGUAGAAAGAGCUCUCACACGUUUCAUGGCUAAGACAGGAGAAACCCAGAGUCUUUUCAAAGAUGAUGUUAGCACUUUCCCACUGAUUGCUGCCAGGCCUUUCACCGUACCCUACCUGACUGCUCUUCUCCCCUCUGAGCUGGAAAUGCAGCAAAUGGAAGAAACAGAUUCAUCUGAGCAAGACGACCAGACAGACACUGAGAACCUUCCCCUGCACAUGAGCACGGAUGAUUCAGGACCUGAAAAGGAGAACGCUUCAGUGUUACAGCAGAACACAUCCCUGUCAGGCAGUCGGAACGGGGAGGAAAAUGUGAUAGACAAUCCCUACCUCCGGCCAGUGAAAAAGCCCAAGAUCCGCAGAAAGAAGUGAGGUGUAGCCAGCCCACUGCUCAGAGAAACCCAGGGGUUUCACCUCUGCUGCUGUGGGUGAAAGGCAUGGAGCAAGACAGGAGAGACAAUCCAGCUAAGUGGCAGAAGCAGAAGAAUGAUCUGUCUCUGCCUAGUGAACUACACUCUCCAUCCUGGUUUGCAGUGCUCGCACUUUCCCCUCUGCUCUCCUGCUGACUUGGAAUGGUCAAUGGUCAAUUGCCUUAAAAGCGUUGAAGGCCAUCGGGUUACAGACGGGAAUGGUCUCGUUUACUUUGCUUUGUUCUCACUGUUGGCAGGAUUUACUUUCUGAAGAGACGAGGGACAUGAAGGUUCUUGCUGCUCAGUGCUUCCCAGCAGGCUGUGCAGAAUACAAAGGCAUAAUUCGUUUAUGGCUGGCUGGCAGGCUAGAAAAGAAAUGUCUGCAGUCAAUGCUGCCUGGCCUUCUAGUCUGAGAAGCAUGUUUUAACACAGACAAAAAAGUCCCAGGGAGGUUUCUUUGGAUUCUUGGCAGUUAAAAGCAAACAGACUUUUCUUUUAUAAACUAAAGGCAUCUGAUGUGUUGGUAAGAGAGUGAAGUGUAAAUACAGAGCUGAGAUGGAAUUUUAUUCUCACUUCUGUGACUGCAGCUGGACUUCUCACUUAAAAGCAGUAAGUGUGGUGUUUACCCUGUUCUGCUUUGAGAUAAUUUUCUAGCAGUAUGAAUGGCACAAUUUAACAGCUGCUUCAGGCUAUUUUUCAGUUUUAUUGUUAGUUUCAACACAGCACAACUCCUUGGAGAGUUCAUGCCUUCACUAGUUGGUUUGAAAGAUGCUGGGCUGAAAAACUUGGAAUACAGAAUAAAGCUGUAUUGGUUGCAGUCCACAAGGCCAUGCUAUUGAUCGCACUUUUUUCAUCCAUUUUCAAAUCCAGGCAUUUAUUAAUGGAAGUUGCUCCCCCCUCCCCUUUAUUCCCCCAAGAGUAGAAGACUUUAUUUCAGCAGUGAAAAUGACUGGUGAUGGGAUUAUUGUAAUUAUUAGCUGAUUCUAGUACGGCUUUGCUUUAAUUUUCCUUCCAACGUUUUCUUAGGCAAAAUAUGGGCUACAUUUCUUUGACAAAAGACUCCUGUAGUUUGGUCCAGUCUCCCAAGCAUCUCUUCCAGAUGAAAAUGUGGUGCUGGAAGAGGCAGCCGAGACUGUGUGCUACAGACUUCCAGGCAGCUCACAGUUUCCUAGAGUAGCAGCAAGGAAUCUGUUGCAGUCACCAGGGAGAUCAGAGUUGUGCGUGUACGUGUUCCUCUCCAUUCAGUUAAGGCAUCCUUCCAGGCCUCCCUCUUCCCCCGUCACCCAGGGAGGAGGAAGAUAAAAAGGAGUAAUUGUUUCGGUGAGCAUGGAGGUGUUCCUGCCAAACAAUCUGAAAUUAGAUCUCUAGCAAAAAAGCCCUGCAUGUGCUGUUGCCACGUGUGCUGGUGCCUUGGUUGUACAGAAUAACAAAUGUACAGAGACAUUGUGUAUGUGUGUAUAUAUAUAUAAAUUUAUAUCUUUUUUUUACUUGGA